UACUGGGUGUGUACCCGUAAGGAAGUGAGUACUCAUUCAGUUCGUAAAAGCGACAGGUGAGCCCGCAUUAUUCUCUGUCGCAAGAAGGGUUCCAGACAUCUGGGAUGGAUUUGUUUAAUUUGAGGUCGCUUGUCAUUUUGCUGUCAGCUGUUGGAUGCUGCAACGGGCAGAGCGUACUGCCAGCCGGGCCCUUGGAGGGAGUACAGGGAAAGAACGUCACGUUCAAAACCAUUAUCAGCCCCACAGAUGUUGGCAACUUUAUCACAGUAUCUUGGAAUUUCAACGGUGGUAGUGGACUUGUACCUGUUGUCACUUCUGCGCCCAAAGGAGAGACAGUUGGCGCUGGUUACGCAGGAAGAGUAUCACUGAAUUCAUCCACCGGCGUAUUAAAUCUGGCAUCCUUGACGGCAAAGGAUGGCGGAGACUAUGCAGUGACUAUGGUCACUAGUGCUGCAGUACAGCGCACAGGUGCAACGUUGCUCAGAGUUCUAGAACCGGUCUCCGCCGUGACUAUCACGUCCAACCUGAAUGAAGCGGUCGAGUUCAACAGCACUGUGGUCUUGACCUGUUCAGCCAAAGGCUCCUUCCUCACGUACAAGUGGCUCAACGGCACCACCCCGCUGGUCACCGACGGGAAGCAUGUGACCUUGAGUGCAAACUCCACAGUGCUGACCGUGGCUGGAGUGUUCAGGAAGGAUCUGGUCGGACCCAUCUACUGCACGGCCUUCAACAAUCUAGAGAGUGAUAACAGUGCCCCCUUCAACCUCACUGUCACCUAUGGGCCAGAAAAAAUCGCCAUGACAGUCACCCCCACCGCUGAGAUCCAAAAGAAGGGUUCCAACAUUACAUUGACCUGCUCAGCCCAGUCUAGCCCUGCGGCUGUGCUUCAAUGGAUCCACAAUGGAGUCCCGCUCAGUGUGAUGGGCCCCAAGCUGGUACUGGACAACGUUGCCGUGGCACAGAGUGGAAACUACUCCUGCAUGGCCAGCAACGCCAAAACCUUGCGAUACCUGGAAUCCACAACAGCCAAGUUCACUGUAGUCGAGGCCAUAUCCGGCGCUAAGAUCACAGGCCCCAAUGGAACCCUUGUUGCAGGUAACAGCACGGCCAACCUGAGCUGCCAGGCAACCACCGGCACCGCCGACGCCCGAGUGUGGCUGAAGAAUGGCGCGGCACUGUCUCCUAGCAACAGGGUCGUGGUCUCGGCAGACAAGAGCUCGAUCACGAUCAAGCCAGUGCAGAAGGAGGACAGUGGGGAGUACCAGUGCAAGCUGACCAAUGCUGUGAGCACAGACUCUGCCAGCCUCAAGAUAGUGAUCAGUUUUGGUCCUGAGACUGUGUCCGUGAAGGGGGUAAAUUCCGUAAAGGUGACAGAGCCUGUCAUGCUGAAUUGUGCCGCGGUCUCUCUCCCUGCUGCCACCUACACCUGGAAGUUCAAUGGGACGCUGACCGGCGUGAUGACAGCCGAGUACGGCAUCGAUGCCGCUGUGGCCACGAACAGUGGAAUUUACACCUGUGAAGCCAGCAACGCCGUCACCGGGCUGAGCACCUCCGUUAACCACAAGCUGUCCGUCAAAGAGGAGGGAACACCGGAUGAUGGUCUGAAUGGUGGGCAGAUCGCUGGGAUCGUCAUCGGCGUGCUUAUCGCCCUGGUGCUCAUCAUCGUCGGAGUCCGCUACAUGAGACGGAAAAAAAUACCGAUCGAGUCGCCGUACUAGAAGAGAUCCCAGAGGAAAGCUGGAGCUAUCAGCCCAAAUAAUCAGCCAAUUAUUCCCCUCAAGAUCCAUCGCUGCAGUCGAAGACCAAUCAGGCGGAAACCUCCCCCAAGUCGGUCCAGCAAUACAAACGUUUCAUCACAAAGCCCACAUAACCACAGGGGUCACAACAUCCCUCCCUAGGAGCUGGUCAUCUCCUUUGAAAAUGUUGGUGUGUCUGGGACUCUGGGUCCUUGUGCUUGGAUUGGACCAGAAAGCUCCAACGCAUCUAUCCCAUCUAACAUCUGUCUGUCUGGACUUAUAUUCCUUCACACACCUUCCCUCCACUCCAUCCAGCCCAUUGGCUAAGGUAAACAGCUUCUAACCACUCCCUGGGAUGCUGACCUCCUUCGCAAAACUGAGGAAUGUCAUCGCUUACAUCAAUUUCUCCACAUAUUCCUUAGGAAAUGAAAUGAGCGAUGGUGGUGCCCUGUCCGUAACGAAUGAUCCUUUCAGCUUUGCGAAACUGGAGGAGGAUUUAGUGGGGGCAAUAUAAUGUAGAAGAUUGUAAGGCUGAGUCACUUGGUCACUCCUCACUGAUCACAACAUCAUGGCGAAUGGGCAAAUAUCGUCUGAAACUUUCAAACAACUGACGGACACAGGUUCAUAAAUCUGACGUUACCACCUCUGCUUGAUCCCAAGGGUAGCUUUAAAAAAAAAAAAGUUAUUUUUAUUUUUUUAACAUCUGCAAGAUCUGCUCGUAAGAGCUUCAUGUCAAAACAGCAACGACAAGAUCCAACACGCAGCAAAUGUUAGGGGGAGAAAGAAAAGGUAAGAAUGCUUUUGUGGGCAAAGACAUUCUUUGGUUUUGGAGGGAAAAUGUGUGUGUGUCAGGGCUGUGCUAAUGAGUUUCGUUAUUUGUUGUAUCCCACUUUUCAAAUGGAUCCAUCGUUGAAAUUUGAAUCUUGUUUGUAUUAUUUUGGCUUUUGUAGUAUAAUACAAAAAGUAUGUUUUUAGGACCAUAAAUGAACAACUGCCAUUUUAUGUUAACUGUAACACAAGCCCUUUUACCUACUUCUUAGCUUUGUGAAAAAUGACAUCCUUGUUUUUAGUCACUAGUAUUUAUUUUUUUGUAACCUUAGUUGAAUUGAUUGAGCUGACGGUGUGUUUUUAUUUUUUAUCCAAUAAAUGAUAAUGAGUAGUUUGACAGCACACACAGUUGUGUGUGACGCCCAGUCACACACGCCUUCAGUUAGAACACACAGUACUAUCUGUUCAUUAUCUGUUGUGUUUUCUCCCACACAUUAAAGUCAAUGGGGGGGGGGGGGGUUGAAUGGCAUGAACAGCGUUUUUGUCUAGUUGGUUAAAUUCUUGAAGAUGACCAGGGAGAAAUCGACAAUUUUACCUGAACAGUUUCUAUUUUACUGUUAAAAGGGAUAGACCAGCUCAAAUGGCACAUCAAUAAACUGCUCCCUUUGUAAAUAUGAUUUACUUCAUGUAAAUGUGAACUGUAAUGAACAUUGUAUUUUUUAGGCUUGACACUCUGUCAUCUAUUUGGGGUUUCUUGUUCAAUCUUAAUUUGAAUAUUUCAAAAUGUCAUACAUUUUCUCAGGUUGUUUACAAUAAUGCGUAUUAUUCUUUAACGACUGAACUGCCUAUAUUCAUGAAUCAUUUUCUCUUUGUAUAGACACACCUCUGAGAUGUUUGUUUUAGUUUAUUUAUUCUUCUGUUGCUACUGCUAUUUGCUUUUGUUACAGUCUGGUUUAUUUUCAAAAUUAGCUUUACUUCCUGUGUCUAGCUAGCCAACCCCAGUCUCUGUAUUCCCCCCCCCCCCCCCCCCCUCCCCCUCUCUCUCUCUCCUAUUUGUUCCUGGGAUUUGGAAUGACACAACAUAUAGGCGGACCAACGGUUCAUUUUUUAAAUCCUCUUUACUGGUGAGAUAACCAAGAGGAUUUCUGUCUCGCUGCAGUUGGUGUGUGUAUGCAAUGGUGUUCUCCUCUCCUGCCCCACCAGUCUCCCUGUUUCUUCACAGGUAUACCUCAGAAAGAAAGAAAGAAUGUAAAGACCUGCUUUAACAACUUUAACAGAGACAAGGAAUCCCUGUGAUGGGCAGGUUGUGUGCUCAGGGUGGGAAACCGACACCCUGAGCACAGGGGUGGGUUAAUUAAAGCAUCCAUAUUUUAUCCAAACCACAUUUUACAUUUGAACUGGAUUUGAAACCACACAUUUACAUUUGAACUGGAUUUGAUCCUCUUGUAAACAAAUUCAUAUAUGAGCGUGUGAAUUGUAAACACAUUCACACACUCGUAUAAAAAUGAGGUCUACUGUUGAGUGCAGUUAGAAUGGGAAUAUGAAUGUGCAGAUGAACAAACACUACAAGGUGCAGGAGGUGCUUGGUAGUGACCAGGCUAUCAAGUUCAUUUUCCUUGAGUCAACAAUGGCUUUAAUUUUUUAUUUUUUUUUACUGUUGGUCUGGUUGGGUGUUAAAACAAUGGGACAAUUGUGUAACACUGUACUUGAAUGUAAAAGAAAACUCAAUAAAAAUGUUGGUGUACAAAAAUC